UCCCACGCGCCGGCGUCCGCUGCCAGGGAGCGGCGAGGAUGGCGAGCCGCGGAGCCCGGGCGGUGACGAGAGCAGCGGCUCCGCCAUUGGGCGAGGAGGCCUGAGGGACAGGCCGGCUUGGUGCACAAGGAGAGACCGAAGCGGGUGGCCUCAAGAGAGCGAAGGCCAUGGAGGCCAACCUGCCGAAGCGGAAGGAGCCCAGCAAGUCUCUCCGCAUCAAAGUCAUCUCCAUGGGCAACGCCGAAGUGGGGAAAAGCUGUAUUAUAAAGCGCUACUGUGAAAAAAGAUUUGUGUCCAAAUACCUUGCAACAAUUGGAAUUGACUAUGGAGUCACAAAGGUACAAGUCAGAGACAGAGAAAUCAAAGUUAACAUCUUUGAUAUGGCCGGACAUCCCUUCUUCUAUGAGGUUCGCAAUGAGUUUUACAAGGACACGCAGGGCGUGAUCCUGGUCUACGACGUUGGGCAGAAGGAGUCCUUUGACGCUCUGGACAUGUGGCUGGCAGAAAUGAAGCAGGAGCUGGGGCCUCACGGGAACGUGGACAACAUUGUAUUUGUGGUGUGCGCCAACAAGAUCGACUGCGCCAAGCACCGCUGUGUAGAUGAAAGUGAAGGGCGGCUCUGGGCUGAGAGCAGAGGGUUCCUCUACUUUGAGACUUCAGCCCAAACUGGAGAAGGAAUCAAUGAGAUGUUCCAGGCCUUUUAUGUAUCCAUAGUUGAUUUAUGUGAAAAUGGUGGGAAACGUCCUGCCGCAAAUAGCACUAGCUUCACCAAAGAACAAGCAGAUACCAUUCGUAGAAUUCGAAAUAGCAAAGACAGCUGGGACAUGCUAGGCGUCAAACCUGGGGCCUCAAGGGAGGAAGUCAAUAAAGCCUACCGGAAGCUCGCUGUGCUUCUCCACCCCGACAAGUGCGUGGCACCAGGUAGUGAAGAUGCCUUCAAAGCAGUUGUGAACGCCCGGACAGCCCUGCUGAAAAGCAUCAAGUAGGAGACCAGGGGACAGCCAGCCAGGACUGAAGUGCACCCCACCUUCCCCUGGAGGCGAAGUAACCGACCUGGAGUUUUCUUCACAGAAUCUCACUGCUGUGUUCCCUCAUGUGCUGUCAUGUAUAAAUCAGUGCCCUGGGGCCCGUUAGCACCUCACAGGCGUUUCACAGCGAGGCGACUGCAUCUGUGGGAGGGGAAGAAGCCUCGCGUCCCUGUGUGCCAUACCCCAUUUCCCACUGUCAGAUAAUCUAAGGUUUCAGCCUCCAUCCUCAAGCUCAGUAGCGGUGGUGUCCCAGGCGCUUCUCUUGGGAAAGGGCCACACGGUUCCUAGAGGAAGGGAACACAAUAGCAAGACCCUUUUUUUUCCUCUUCUUUUUCUCCUUCUUGUUAAAUUCAUCGUCAGAGAAAGAAAAAAAAAUAGGACAGAAAUAACAAAAUCUAGCAGAGAGCAUCCAAGCCCGAGAGUUUGACGUGACCUUUCCAGUCACUCCCUGAACUGAGAGUUCUUUUCGUGGCCCUUUAUGGAACAUCAGUCUGACUGGACUCUGGGCAGCCCUCUGAAGCUUGGGGAGUGAAGGACACAGUUCUGAACUGAACAGCCCUUCUGUGACAUUGUCUCUUCCCUCAUCCAUCCACCAGGGGGAGAGAUAAGCCAGUCCUGAGAGAGAAGGUUCCAGUGCCUGCUCUUUCUGCCCCUUCUGUACCCAGCGAGGCCUUGCCCCUGUCACAGAGGAGCAGCAGCAGGGGGCACCACACCCUUGGGAGUGAGGAUCAGACCCCAGGGCAGAAAUGCUCAGGGCCCUCCAGGUGACAGCCCCUGCAGGCCCCGGGGGCAAGGCCGGCCCAGCAGGGCGCUCUUGGAACCCUAGGAGGGUCCUGUCUGAGGUCGGGCCCUUUUCCUGUUCCUCAUCAUUUCCCAGAGGCAAGAGGGAGAGACAGGGUCCCCCUGAGCAAGCCCAGCCUCUUGCUCCUUGCUUCCUCACCAGCCGUGUUCAGUUUCCCCCUUCUUACCUUACCCCUCCCCUCCCCUACCUGCCAUCGGGUCUCUCUCUCCUUGAAUCACUAGCUUCCAGCCACAGCUCCUCUGUCCUCCCUCCAGGCUUUGACAUGGGCCUGGUUGACCAGAGAGAGUGAGGACUUUCUGAGGUCUGUGUGGGGCUGAAUCUCUGUAGUUUCUGCUUGAGCUCCAGAUUUCUAAAUAGUCAUAUUUUUGAACUACAGGUUAUAAAAACUAAUUUCACAUAGAGAAAUAUAUUCUUGUGCCACAUUCUCCUCCUCAGGAUACAGGGAUGGAUGAGGAUCAAGUAUUAGGGCUGACACUUCCUACCAUGUUCACAGAGCCAUCUCUUACAUGACUCAUUUCAUCAUCACUGUCCUUGUAUGGCUCGUAAUUUUAGCUGCAACCACUUGCACUAAGUGGAGCUUUGAGAGUGUAAGACCUUGCUAUUCUGUGAGUUUUAAACAGCUGUCCCAUAUAGAUUGCCAAGUAGCAUGUACUGUAUCACCUAAGAAGAAAAGUCACUUUCUUAUAUUCCGAGCCACUGCAGUCUGGUGGCCUCUUCCCAAAGCAGCUUCACUUGGGAUGGCUGUACUUGGGCUGCAUCAGAAGCCAGAGAAGUGUUUUUAUUUUGUAUGUCUUUGUGGUGUUGCUGGUUGAACCCACGGCCAUGUACCUCCUAAGCAAGUGCUUUAACCACUGAGCUACAUCCCCACCCUAGAGCGUUGCUUUAUAAUACGAGUUUUCAUCUGACUGAUAAUCAAAAAUGCUUUUUUUUUUUUAAAUGAUUUGAGACUUGGUAUAUUUUCUUUAUGAGAUUUGCCCCUGGCCUUUAAACUAGCGCCAGGAACCGCAGAACUCCAGAGUUCUUUUGGGGCCUAGCUUUGCUUAAGCCCUUCCUCUUGCCUGAGGUACCCUACAUUGGUUGGCUCUUGCAACAGAAUAUAGGAGUCACAGAAAGAGGGGUCAUACGCAGCACUCUGCCCAAACUGAGCGGACGGCCCACUGAGCGGGUGGCCCUGUGUGGCCGCUGGUGCCAGAUUUCAUCGUGGUUCUUACACUCAGUCCCUCCCUCAUUCAGCUACAUUGUGCCGAUGAGCAGCCACCACAGAGAGAAUUUUCGAGGGCUUCCAUCCAUACCCGUAGGAGUGACUGGUCAAAAUACAGCCCUGGCUUGCUUUUAGGUCUUGGGACUCAGUUUCCAACACCUGCAUUAUUAAUGUGCAGGAUGGCCAUGUGCUGUUUCAGGUAUGCAAAAGUAUUAACAUGUGAAAGUUUAGCCCCGAGGGCCUAGAUUUUUUCUGAUUUUCAUAAUACUUCAGCAGACCAUUAAGAAAUAACAAAGCAUGAUUUACAAUGAAAAGAUCUUUUGGUACUAACUUCCUGCAAAACUUCACAAAUCUCUAUGCAUUCAUUUAAAUUCCUGGUGCAGAUGUAUGCUUUGUAGUUCAAUCUUAUUAAAAGUUCUCCAGCCAGUUCAGAUUUCAAAAAUACAUCAGUGAGAAUCACAAUGAGCAGAAUAAUUUCAAUGGCUAAAACGUUUGUAUAAAGAGUCUUGUUUUUCAAAAAAGAAUGAAAAGUUUGAAUAGCUAUUAUUAUUAAAAGCCAUGUCUUCUA